UCGUCUGUCCCAUCAUUGAUAUCAUUAAUGCCAACACUUUUGAAUACACGGCCUCUCCUAUAGUGAAGGGAGGCUUCAAUUGGGGACUUCACUUUAAAUGGGAUUCCGUUGCACACAAUAAGCUUCAAACUAAAUCUGAUUUCAUAAAACCUAUUCCUUCGCCGACAAUGGCGGGCGGGCUGUUCGCUAUGGACCGCAACUAUUACUUCGAAAUGGGAGAGUAUGACAGAGGAAUGGAUAUAUGGGGCGGAGAGAACCUCGAAAUAUCUUUUCGGAUAUGGUUAUGCGGCGGAAGGCUUGAGAUAAUUCCGUGCUCUCGUGUGGGACACGUAUUCAGACAAAGGCGUCCGUAUGGUUCACCUACUGGUGAGGACACAUUAACCUACAACUCUUUACGUGUGGCCCACGUAUGGAUGGAUGACUUCAAAAAAUUUUAUUUCAUUCAAAGACCGGACGCUAUUAACAAAUCUUAUGGUGAUAUCAGCGAUAGAGUUGCGUUAAGAGAGAGACUGAAUUGCAGUUCAUUUGAUUGGUAUCUGAAGAACAUAUACCCAGAGCUGAGACUUCCGUCGCCUAAAGAAGACUUGGAGGAGAGGAAGAAAGCCAUCAAAGAGAAGAUGUCAAAGAAUAUGAAAAACAAAUCAAAUGUAAUGAUUAGAAAACUGCCAAAAGUUGUGGACAAAUACUUAAUACAACUCUCGGGAAGCGAUCUGUGCGUCGAAUCUGAAUCCGAGGCCACAUAUAAGGGAUCAAAACUUUUACUACAGAAAUGCGCCCAAAUUCGUCGACAGCUAUGGUACGAAACCGUUAAACACGACUUGAGGUUAGGCCAGAAGUUGUGUUUGGAUUCCGAUGACAAUAAAUAUCCACAUUUAGCCAAAUGUCACGAAAUGGGUAGCACUCAGGACUGGAAACACUCGGCUAAGAAAAAUACUGCCAUUUAUUCGAUGGCCGCCGGUCUGUGUUUGGGCUCUCAGAGCGAGUCUGUGGGAGAGUAUGUGAUAAUGUCUUUCUGUAACUCCAAUGACAGCAAGAAAUGGAAUCUAAUCUAAAAGAUAGCAUUUAUUUACCACAAGUUCUUGGAUUUUAGUGCAUAUUUAUUUUAUAGAUAUUUUAUUUGUACCAUAUUUUGUAUAUUUAUACCGUAUUGUCUAUUAAGUAAAAUCAAGUAAAUAAAUCUCAUUUUAAAGUAGAA